AUGGAAACUCUAAGACAAAUACAAAGUUUUGGUAUCUGUGUAACCUAUACAUAUUUUGUAGCAUCUGGUAUGGUGUUUGCCACUCUUCUAGUUUCUUGCUGCUCACCUCUGAACAUGAGAGCUCGUCCACUUGUUCCUAAUUCACCCUUCCUUUCUGUCUGGAACGCUCCUACAGAGCUUUGUACUGAAAGGACUGGAGUACAGCUGGACAUGAAUUUUUUUUCUUUCAUUGGAAGCACACUGAAGACAUCCACUGGGCAAAACAUCACUCUUUUCUAUCCAGACAGGCUUGGCUACUAUCCUUACAAAAAUGAAGUCACAGGAGAGUCGUUAAAUGGAGGACUCCCUCAACUCUCACUGCUGGAGGCUCAUUUAAAGAAAGCCAAAGAGGACAUCCAGUUCUAUAUUCCUUCAGAUGAACAGUUUGGGUUGGCUGUCAUUGACUGGGAAAACUGGAGACCUGUGUGGAUAAGGAACUGGGGAUCAAAAGACAUUUAUAGACGACAGAGAGACCUCAGUCUAUCAGAAGCCGAAGCCAGGAUUAUAGCUAAAAUGGAAUUUGAAGCUGCAGCAAAAUCAAUUAUGUUGGAGUCUUUAAAGCUGGGCAUAGAAAUGAAGCCAAAUCGUCUGUGGGGAUAUUACCUUUAUCCAGACUGUUAUAACUAUGAUUACAAACAAAACCCACAUAAUUACACAGGGACCUGUUUAGAUAUUGAAAUAGAAAGAAAUAAUGAGCUUAAUUGGUUGUGGGAGAAAAGCACAGCACUUUAUCCAUCUAUCUAUCUAGAGACAGCCUUAAGAUCUUCCAAAAAUGCCCAGCUCUUUGUUCGCAACAGAGUUCAAGAAGCCAUUAGAAUUUCUUAUGUCUCUAAUUCUACUCACCCUCUUCCAGUUUUUGUAUAUACACGCCCAGUGUUCACAGAUGUGUAUGAGGAAUAUCUCUCCCAGGAUGACCUGGUAAAUACUAUCGGAGAAUCUGCUGCACUGGGUGCUUCUGGAAUUGUGAUCUGGGGUGAUAUGAAUUUAACACAAAAUAAGAACACCUGCAGAACCCUGGACAACUACCUUAGGAGGACCUUGACCCCAUACCUCAUCAAUGUCACAAUGGCAGCCAGAAUCUGUAGCCAGGUAUUAUGCAAAGACUCUGGUGCCUGUGCACGGAAAAAAUGGAAUUCCAGUGACUAUCUUCACUUGAACUCUGAGAAUAUUGUCAUUCAAAUGACAAAGGAUGGAAAAUACACUCUACAAGGGCAGCCAGCAUUUCAGGAUCUGCAAACAUUCAUAGAAAAAUUUGAUUGCCACUGUUAUGCAGGGCACAGUUGUGAACCCAGAGCUGAUAUAAAUGACAUCCAUUACCUCCAUGCUUGCAUUUCAGAAGAUAUUUGCAUUCAGAUAUCCUCAAAUGCACUUUCUAAUAUAGAAGACUCUGAAGAAAUGAUCCUGUCUAACAGAACUGUAUUUUCGUUUACCUCUCAGAGUAAGGUGACAUUAUCUACACAUCCUGAAACAGAAGAUUUCCAAUCUACCUUUGAAAAUAAUAUACUCAAUAUAACAAUGCCAGAACAUAGCAUUGUCACAGCUGCAACUAGAUAUGAUUUAGAAGCAAAUGAUACCCGUACUUCCAGUAAUUCUUCAUCCUAUAAGAUAAGGAUGUUUAAUCUGUUGAGUUUAAUUCUAAUUUUGAGAACAUUAAUACAAUGA